AUGGCUUCUUAUAAGUCACAAUACCCUCCCUCAAGGAGGGUGGAGGACCGAGCACCCAUUACUCGGUUGCCUCAACGAUCUAUCACACCCACCACAGGCACAUCGCAGUUACCCGCCUCAAGUCACUCUAAGCUGCAGAAGAGGAGGCCUUCAAGAGAUGAUGAGGUACAGCCCAGAGGUCCUGUAAGCCAAACAGGGUCGGUAUCAACGUCCAGUAUACGCCAAAGAACUACCAGCCGGUCUACGCCUAUGUUUCCUCAGAACACAAGCGCUGCAAACUCCAAACCAACAUCUCAGACGUCGACGUCCCGACUACCCAAGCUCGAGGUUCCCCAAAAUAUACGCACACCUUCGCUCGCAUCAGGAUCAUCGGCAUCAACCAUCGAAAGCCCUCGAUCGAAUGUUCUCCGGAGAAAGCAAGCGAGUUUUGGGGUUGCUAGUGGUCGACAGGCAAUACGCAUAAGGGACGAUUCGAUGUCGUCCCAAGACGAUGCGCAACCGAUGGAGGGCAUACCUGGUGGCUACAAGGAUCCUUUCUCUGAGACUGUUCUAGGGAUCUCAAUCCCACCGACUUCGACAAUAUUGGCUCGUUCGGAACCCCAAGCCGAGCUGUAUAACAGUCCGCUCUAUGAUGACGAGAUUGGACCUACAGAUAUUCUUCCUCUUCCGGUCCCUCAAUAUGCUCUCUCAGCAACCCCAUCAACACGUUACUCGGAAUCUCCAGGACCUUUUAGUGUCUCAUCGACCCCUACAUCAAUGUCGUCGUACUCGCCAGGAACAACACUAUCGAGGGCUUCUAACCGAACACGGCAAGCAAGUCCUCUACAGAGUAGACCACCUGUUACUCGACACAAGACUCCAGAUGAGAUGAACAAUCGCCACCCGCACGCUCUAUCCACAGUCAGAGAGUCCUCGACAUCAUCGUCAUCGGUAUCCACUGUCAUCACCGAGGGCGCAAAAUACAAAGACAUGUCACCUAACGCACUAGCCACCCUCCCUCAGAGCCCUCGAACAUCAGAAGUGAUGCAAAACACAAGCGAACGACCACAGGCUCAGGCACCUCCUGAGUUUGCUCAUCUUGCAAACCAAUCCCCUGUUCCAAUGCCAUCGGCAAGGCGGCCAUCGAGACCUAGCAGAGAUGGUACUCCAGAGCUAUCGGGACUCCGAGGUCCAUCGCCAAUCAUCCAGAGUAAUAUGCCUCACUUUCCAUCUCACCAUAAACGUAGCGCAUCGUCCGAAUCUAGGAUAGCGCUAGCGUCCACCAUGAGAUCUAAGACGACCACUCCAGCGAAGCCAUCCUCACGACUUCCGUCGCCAAAUCCCUCGUCGACCUUACCACCGGUUACCCGGUCAACAUCGCGUGGGCCUACUCCAGACCUCCAGCUUGAUCGAAGCACCCGAAGAGUCAGCUCUGGGCCAGUACCAGCACCAGCCCCAAGUCCGAACAAGACCUCUCGAUUCGGGUUUUUUACCCGUCGUACCAAGACUGAGCCCGCUGGCCCCCCGAAGUCAGACGGAAAGCUACACCGUAGAGGGCCUGCUGCAGGUACUGGGCAUGAAGGAUACGGGCGAUAUGCUGGCAGAGGUCGGAGUGGAAGUUCGAUUAGUACUAAUAGUAUUGGACGUUCUGCUAGUGCUGGAACAACUAAUGAGAGUUUGGACAAGACACCUUCGACCCGCAAGAGCAGCAUGACAAGUACAACAAGCGGGGAUAUGGAUGACUUCUUCCUGAACCGACUUGCUCCGGUGGUUAUCCGGGGUACAGGAAGUAGUACAGAGCUCUCACGUAGUCCCGAACCGAUGCAGAGUAGCAGCAGUCUCGACGUAUCCAUCAAACAGCCAACGAAAACGACACAGAUUGAAGGUAGUAUGUCACAGUCUGCACUGGAGAGGAACAAACCAACACUGUUGCCUUCUGCGAUGCCGAAUACGAUGCGUGGAGUAUCUCCAAUGAAGAAGAUGGCUAUGGGACUACGAAGGCCGUCGGAAAGCGACGACGACGCGAAAAAAUCAUCUCUGCCUAGUACAACCUCGAAAAGGACAUCACGAGCGUUGCAAAACGCGCAGGUGUCUAGUGGCUCCUCGGGUUCUAGCAGCCGUAUAGUUGGAAGAAUUCGCAAGAAUUCGAUAAGUGAAGCUCCAACUGAGACCAAAGAGGGCACAUGGUUGAAGUCGUCAAAGAAGAAUAAGGCAGAGAAGGAGGCAUCGAAAUCGUCCAAGAGGUGGAACUUCUUCCAACGUGCACAUGCGGGACCACGUGCAGACACACCAGCUGGUCCUGCAGCCAGUCCUAGCAACAAGGUCAGCGCCUCUCGCUCUGUUGCACAUUAUGCCUUGAUGGACCAGUCUGGUCUUGAGCUUAACGACAUUGAGCAGCUCAUGCAGGAGGCUGAUGAAGGCACAGAGAGUGCUCUUUCAGACGAUGAGCCAGGAAGGAAAGAAAGGAUGCUCUCUAUGUUGCUGCCACCCAAGCCAAUUCUCGAGCCUAACUUUGUGCCUACAGCACGCCCAGCCUCACCCAAGGUCUUCUUACGCUCAGAGGCACCGCCACAACCCGAACAGCAACAGAGCAAGUUGGUUAUUGAUACUAACGUGCCAUCGUUCUACAACUCUGAGCGUUAUUCUCUAACAGACCUAACGCCCGUCACCGAUCUCUCCCGACCUACGUCUCCAUUUGAACAGCCGUUCCCAGUACAGGACUAUGGGGUUGCCCCAUCGCCAGAUGUAGAACCUGAACCUCAGAUUCCCAAUUCCCCGCCUAGCCAAGAAGUCCAUGUUCGUCCUCAAGACAUCCCCUCGCCUGGGCCUCCACCAGCAAAUCCACCUCCACGCCCAAGCCGCUUGGCUCAAGUCGGUCGCAUCCCUCAAGUUGUCUCCACCCGCCGCCAACCAGGACGCCCAUCAUCUCGAUCGUUCUCUCGCCCUUUUGUCCCAAACCAACCUCGUCCCACAGCUCUUCCCAGGACGUCUUUUGAUUCUAUCAGCCCCGUAGUUGCAACUGCGGGUCCGGUCGAACCGUAUCCUAUCCUUCAAGGCUUGAGCGCUCUUGCGCAUGGAUCAGCUAUUGCAACCAUGAGCCCUGGGGAGGAUGAAGCCAACCGACGAAGCGAAUUCUUCAAGUUUCCGCCUCGUAAGGAUUCGGAGGUAUCAUACUCUAGUAGCUCUGGCAUCUGGAGCUUUGCCCCAGCUGCAAGCACUGCUGUGGUACCUAGCCCUGGAGCACCAUUGUCUGAAGAUGAGCUCUGGAAUGAGUAUGACGAUUUGAUUGACGAGGUUCUCUCGCCUGUCACUUCCCACACCGCUGAGCAUAGGAAUACCCUUCGCAGUCAUCCUUCUCUUGAACCAAUGCCUUUGCGGCCAAAGGCACCAGUCAAUGUACCAGAUUCAGAGCGCGACGACGAUGAAGUCACAAACCCAUCUCUGCACCUUCGUCGCUCUCGUCUGCUGGCCGUCUUGCAUUCCAAUCAGUCCCCGGCUUCCUCAGUAUCUUUCUCCGAGUUUAUCUCAGAUUAUGGGGAGCGCAAGAUUAGCGUUAUUGAUCCCGUCACCGGAAGACUGAGCCUGCCUGCCAGUCCUCGUCUUUCCACUGGAUCCACCACAAAGCGCUCGACUCGCUCUAGUCUCCCAGCGUCUCUACACAACGCGCGUCAAUCGAGAGGCACCAUCGCCUCUCAAUCAAGUAAAGACCGCACUAGUGCCGCUACAAGCCGGUAUAGAGACUCGCAACUUAUGGACAUUGCUGAGAAUCAAGCGGACGGAUUGCUAUCCAUGGCAAAUCUUCGCUUCGGUGCUCUGAUGAUAAGCAAGUGGCUUUCCUUCGGCCGUGUCUUGUUUAGCCCAAUUCACUUUGAGCUCAAGAACCCAAAAGAGGACCGUGUUCUGGUCAUUGAUGGGCUCGGCAAAGACUGGUCUUACUACUGUGCACUGACCUACCCUGAGGCGACUGUGUAUGACAUGGGGCCUGAUCCAUCUCCGACGACGUCAUCUGAGGGUGCGGCUGAGGCUUGGUCGACUCUCGGUAACCACCGCCACAUCUGCCAUCCCUCUCUCAGCAAAGCUUUCCCGUUCCCUAUGCAUUUCUUUGCAUGCGUCGUGCUUCGAUUUCCGACUGCACUUCCUUCCUCUGAGCACCACUUCGUCCUUUCGGAAGCCAAGCGCGUCCUGCGUCCUGGUGGCUACCUCGAAUUCAACGUCCUCGAUAUGGAUCUUGUCAAUAUGGGCAACCGGGCGCGCCGUGCCGUCCGCGGUCUGAAGAUGAGGAUGCAGGUAGCAGAUGAAAACAUCUCGCUCCGCAAUAUCAGCGACGAGGUCAUGGCUGGCAUUGGCCGCAAAGGCUUCGUCGAGUGCAACCGCUGUGUUGUUGGUGUCCCUGUUGCCGGAAAAUUGCCCAACCUCGAAGACAUGAAGGCACCUGCUACUAUAAGGAAAGACAGCACAGUAAGCUCAACAACAAAGACAGGCAACAACAUGGCCUCACCUGGUGGACCCAAGCCCGGGGUUUCUUUUUCUGAUCUUCUCAACACGUCUUCGGCAUCAGAAUCUACCAACAACGACAUCACUGACAUGGUGGCUCGCGUCGGUCGGUGGUGGUACUCCCGUUGCUACGAAUCGCUAGUUCUUCCUGAAGCCGGAGCACCUGGUGCCGCAGCUUCAGGAACUAUGCUCGAGAACAGCAUCUGGCGCGACGAAAGCCUCAUCGGCGAAUGCGAGAAGCGUGGCACAAGCUUCAAACUUCUGAUUGGGUACGCGCAAAAGCCUGAGAUGGGCGUUCGACGCACCGUCAGUGUCUGA